UCUUUCACAAGCUGUCACAGGAUCUCUCCGAGAGUGUGUCAGGAGGCAACGGAACAGAGUGUGUGUGUGUCUGUGACAGAGAGAGAGAGAGCACCCAGGUGUGUGUAUUUAACGUAAGGAGGAGGAAGAGAGAAGUUAUUGUUUGGAGAUAAAUGUUACUCACUGUGGAAAAGAAGAGUAUUAAAACUAAUUUCAGCAAGGGUUUCACCCUGCCAGAGCAACAAUGACGUCAAAUGUGAAGCUGAGAAAAGUGGGUGUUCUAGACUAUGACACACAAAUCAAAGAGGUGCGUUGUCAGUUGUUGGACCAGUUGAAGGUGUUGGACCUGCAAUUGGAGCAGAAAUCUCAGCAGCUUCAGGACCUGACAGACUACCUGCGAAGACGCAGUGAGAUAGAAGGGGAGUAUGCACGCUCGCUUGACAAAUUGUCCGAGAGGUUCACCUCCAAAAUCAAAAGGAAGGAGCCCUGUAGUGGCCAGUCUGUGGCCCAGUGUUGGCUGAUGCUCUUGGCUCAGACCAGACAGGAGAGCAGAGACCACAGUGGUCUGAGUGAAAUCUGUAGGACCACCCUAACCGAGCCCCUUACUCACUGUCUGGAGAUCACACAGCGCCUGGCCAAGAGGAGUAAAGAUGUCUGUACCCAGUUACAGGAUGGUCUACUGAAAGUCACCACAGAACUACAGACAGCAUGGAGGACCUACUACCAGUACCAUUCAGAUUAUGUUUCUGCAGAGGGAAAGCUGAAGGAAGCAGAGAAACAGAAACAAGGCGCUUCUAAGAAGAUAGAGAAAAGACAGUGUAAAGUGCAGGAGAUUCAGCUGAAGUGCACCAAGGCUCGAAACGACUACCUCCUCAACCUAGCUGCAGCCAACGCUUCCAUGAACAAGUACUAUCUCCAGGACAUCUCCUCACUCAUAGAUUGUUCAGAUGUGGGCUACCACCUGUCUCUGUCCCGUGUGCUGUUGGCCUACCUGUCCAGCCGGUCCUCGGAUCAGCAGAACUUGAGUGUAGGGCUGCAGCAGCUCCAAAGUGCUGUGUCUGGACUGGACCAGAGUCAGGACAGAGACAACCUGCUACAGACACACACCAACACCUUCUGUCUGCCCCUCCGCUUCCACUUCCAGCCACACGACGAAGACCAGGUGUUUGAGGUGAGUGCAGAGCAGGAGAUUAGGGGUGAGAUGGAGACCAGGUUCCAACAGCUACAAUCUAAACUCACCGGGUUCACCCAGGAAACGGAGGAGGCAGAUAAGACUCUACGGGCGGCCCGCGUUACCCUGCUGGAAGGUAUCAGUGAUGAUGACCUAGAUCCUCCACCCUCCAGCAACCAGACCCAGGGCUCCCAGGUCCAUCUUCAGUCCCCGUCUCAGAGCCAAGGUCAGGGGGGAAGCAAUGAAAGCCUGGCCAGCAGCAGUGGCAGACCUAGUCUGGCCAGACGCAGAGCCAACCUGCAGGAGACUGAGAUCCUCUACUGCACUAAAGUGAAGGAGUAUCUCUGUAAAAGCUCUCUGGUGUCCAAACUACAGGCUAAACAUGAUCUGCUUAAAGUGGCUGUAGAGAAAGCUGAAUCAACCAAUGGUCAUCAAGCCAGGUCGAGUUACAUUCCUCUUGGGAACUCCAGGAAGUAUGUUCGUGCGAGGAUGGAGGGUCAACCUAUAAUCCAGUUCACCCACAAACUCUUCACUGGGGACAUGCUCUCAUUCAUAAAGGCAUCGGGCCAAGCGAUCCCAGUGGUUGUGGAAAGCUGCAUUCGCUUCAUCAACCUCAAUGGUCUCCACCAUGAGGGUAUCUUCAGAGUACCAGGGUCUCAGGCCGAGGUCAACAGUCUGAGAGAUGCGUUUGAGAGAGGAGAGGACCCCCUGGCAGACAGCAGGUGUGACAUGGACUUAGUUGCAGGAGUACUGAAGCUCUACUUCAGAACCCUGGAGAACCCUCUCUUUCCUCAGGACAGCACCAGUCAGCUCCUGGAGUACGCAGAGAUUGAUAACGAGACAGAGAGAGCAGCUCAACUCAAAUCAGUCAUCUCCUCCUAUCCUCCACCUGUCAUCAUCGUCAUGAGAUACCUCUUUGCAUUCCUCCAUCAUGUAUCCCAAUACAGCGAUGAGAACAUGAUGCAGCCCUAUAACUUAGCCGUGUGCUUCGGCCCCAGUCUGGUGCGAGGGUUGCAGGAUGAAGAUGUUGUUACUCUGCAGCCUCAGAUCAACUCUCUGGUGAAGGGCCUCAUUUUGCAGCACGAGAGCAUCUUCCCCAGCCCGACCGAGCUACAGGGACCGGUGUAUGAGAAAUGCAUGACGCUGGAGCAAGACGACUGUGAGGAGGGAGAAGGGGAUUCAGAAAUCCUCAGUAAAGAGUCCGAGUCAAAGGGAGAGCGAUUUCUAUCUAAUAGCCACUGCAGUUCCAGACCAUCCCCAGCAGGAGGGAGUGUGUCCCUUGGAGAAAAGUUCACCAUACAGAUCCCCAUGGCAGGCCCCGCCUUACAUGGCAGGCCCCGCUCCCCCCGCUACAUACGCAAAGAAGCCCAGGACCUGUCAUCCAGUGAAGAUAUAACAGUUCAGGUUGACAAGGAGGUCUGCCGCCAGAUGAGUUCUGUCUUCAAGGAGCUUAUCGCUCGACAAUCAUUCCCUCCUCCAUCCUCCUCCACCCCCCCGGUCACCUCGUCCCGCUCUUCCCAACCUCCUCCAGAGCAGAAGAAAGAAGGGGUCGGGCGCAGAAGGGAAAGGCCUGUUUAGAUCUGACCAACUAGACUGGUAAAAAGAUCGAGGGGACCAGAAUGAAUUAAUGGCUCGAUGGAUGAAUAAAUGAAUGAGAGGGAAUGAAAGGAAGGAGAGAGACGAAAGAGUCAAGAGACUUAGACAAGAUGACACAGUGUAGGAUGACAGGUUGUGACAGCAGCCUUUGACAGUGGGAUUACAGAUGGCUGGGUUACAGGAACCACAGUCAGUUCACUGUACUGUCUGCUCAGACAGCAGCCUUCAUUGUGAAGCCUGUGAAUGGACAGUCACAGACAAAAGGGUUUGACUCCUACUGUGAAGCCUUUUGUUAGUGUGUUUGAUACAACACACCCCAAUGACCCCCACUCUGAUUUUCACUGUAGGGCUGUGUCCCCAUUCUCCACACUAUUCUCAGAGUGUGCACUUGCACAGUCCCCGCCAUGGAUUUGAAAAGCAUUGGAUUGUAAGCUUUAAGAAGAUUCUUGCUAUUGCAAGUGGACAGAUUCCCACUGUGAAGCCUUUUUUUUGGUUAGCCUGAUCCCAGAUCUGUAUGUGGGACCAGGCUGUGUUUGAUAGAACGCCAGUGACACACUCCAGUGACCCCAGUGACUUUCAAUGCUACACAGUCAAUGGCAGAUUGAGUUGGUAUAUCAACUUAUUUUACCCACAAUGACUUGGAAUGUACACUAUUAUCAGUGUUUGUAUUAUAUGCUCUUGUGGUUAUGGGCCUAUGGAGGCCCUCUAUGCCCAAUGUGUGCAAUGCCAACACCAAGACAAGCGCUCACUAUCUGAUUUGGUCAGUUCACGGUUCAUGUUUGGGUAGGCCUAUAAUUAUGAACAUUCAACAGCCAUAUGGUCUUUAUCAUAGAGAUCCUAUAAGACAUAUGUUCUAUCAACUUUUAUCAGAUGAAAUGUCCAUUUUUAACCUGUACCAGCAAGAUCUCCUGCCUGUGAUUGAGUUAUUGAUCUACUGAUAACGAUGAACUUUUAAAUGUUGUAUUGCUAUUUUUAUAUCGUUUUCUGGAUCUGAUGAUUGUUUGAAUAAAUGUUUAUGUUGAAUUUG